CAUUUCUUCGGUAGUGGUAAAACAUGUGAAAAAUCAUGGAACACUAAAGGGAUAGUUACAUGGAGACGAAGGAAGUCAACCCACCCAAUCUACUACAGAUACUCACAAGGUCAGCCUAGGCCACUUGUGGUCUCGCUCUUUCCAUCAACUGUGUCAGAGAUGACGGAAGCAGUGAAGCACACUACCGAUCAUGAGGAGGGGCUUGGGGGGUAAAAGUUUAUUGGGGAACAGAAGCUCACAGGGCUCCGUGAAAGAUUCGAUUCCCACCCCCACCAGCCAACCUCACUCUCUGUGUUACCAAUCAUUAGCCAGCAUCUGCGCUCCUUCUUCGGCCCAAAUUUAGUCUGCACCCGUGAUCCCGGACACAAUCUACGCGGCUUCGGGCAAUACCUUAUUUAAGCAAGCAUCUGGUUGUGGCACAGGACACAAUCCCAGAGUGUCAUCUUGUUCCCAAGGCUUUACGCGCUAGACUCUAUCUGGUCGGGACUGAUCACUCAUUGCCAUAAUACUAUUUGGCUCCAAAGAUUUUGCUCGGACAUCUACAUGUUCACCUCUAUCAUUCCCAGUCAUCUUCAGACUUUCUUCUGACGCCGUUGUUAACUAGAUUGCAGCUUGCUGGUUUCAGGUCCCUUUCGUCACAUCACCUGCUCUCAUUUCUUCGCUACUCGGGCAUUCUACUUUGCUACUUCUCAUCUCUACUGUAUACCAAGCCGGAAAAGUGAGGCGGAGGGCACGUUUUGGCCAAUUCCAAUCAACCUCCAAUGUGUGAGUUAUGCGGCACCUCCAUCAACAUGGACUGCCCUUGCGGGCCUUGCCCUGGCCAGCCCGUGUAUGCCAAAGACAUAAAGGACGUACCGGCGUGGGCCAAGCAGCAUCAUGAAUGGCCGGUCGCCACGGAGGUUGCAAAAUUGAAGAAACUGGAGGUGGAAGUGCAAAUGUGCUGCUCUGUAUGCGAGCAAAAAGUGAGAGAAGCAGUGUACGGUAUGUGCGAGGUGUUCGAAUACACAAUUGACAGGCCCAAUAACAGGCUGACGGUGUAUGAAUGUCCUAGUGGAGGACCCGACCACAAGAAACUGCUGAAAGCGCUGAAGAAGGCCGUUGGAAAGAAGGCCAAGAUUUUGGAGCCCAAGGCUGAACCUGAACCAAAUUCUCCCAACCCAGAGUCUUGCCGCUGCCCGUCGAGUGUUAUGGUGCCAUGGCCACCACCCUGCAUUGUGCUCUGCCCCCCCUUCAUCACAAACCCCUACUACCUGCACCAUCCUACAGUUUGCUACAACUGCUUCAUGUAUCCGAACGUUGCGUGCGACAGCUGCGGACGCAUGUAGCGUUUGCACAUGGUGACUUUUCACACCUCCAGAGCAGGAAAAUGGUUCUAGACAUGACAACCAGCAGUGCUGCAUGCUCUUGGAAUUCAGACACUGGAAAAGUGAGGAAUGGCGCUGGCUAAUUUUACUGAAAAGUUACCUCUAGCACAGAGUCAGCAGGUGAGGCUGGCUUCGCGGGAAGCUGGACGCGAAUCUCUCAGAGUGCUGUGCAGGAGUUUGGGUGCAACGUGGGGACAGUGGCGCCACGAGAGUGAUGUGGGUGGUUCAAAGUCGCUCUUGUCUUGCAACUCUGCCGAGCCCAACAGGACCAGGUUUAAGGUUUCCCAAGUAGUCGAGAUUCCAGCCUCGAACAUGAGAAAUUCUUAUUUUGUGAAGUGUUAAGCGAUUUCUGAUUCCAAUCACUGAACUAGUGUAUAGAAUCCUGUGCAGAUGUGUUUCAUGUCAAUUCAAUGUUCGUUGCUUUCAUUCAUUGCAAGAUUUUAGAUGCCACUGAGUUGUUUUUUUUGUUUUUUGUUUUUUGUUUUUUUCAAAAUGCACCAAGAUAAUGCAGUGAAGAGGAGAUGUUUCCUGAUGAUUGAAGCUAAUUGCAGUCAUACCAGAAAUACUUGUGUUCUAUGGAGGAGAUACCCUUUACAGGAAUAAUCUUAAACUACAGUGCUUCCUGAGGAUAUGGAAUCAUUUGGAGUUUGAGUAAAAUGUAAAAGCUAAUUGAAAAAUAAAUUGUAAUCACUAGAGGUGGUGGUUGAGAAUCUUU